UGAUUUUGAAAAAAAAAUGUUUAAGAAAAAUUAAAAUUAACCUCUAUUUAUUAGGAAAAUUUGAAUUAAAAGAAAAUGAUCUUUUUAAAUAUUAAAUGAUCCCAUAGUGCUUCGUAGUGAAUGAUAAAAUACUAUUCCUGGUCGCGGUUGCCAUUCACCGUUGAACGCUAACAAGGACCUGUUGCUAAAUAUUUGUAUUAUCCAAGAUACUGAUAAUUGUAUAUUUACAUAUAUAAACAGACUUAAAACCACAAUGGAGUUUGUAAAAGUAGCUAGCAAUCUUUGAUUUCAAAGUGCUCAUAGUUAUUACCCAAAAAUAUUCUGUUGUUUAUUUUAUUUUUUUUGUUUUGGUUCCCCUGGAUUUGCUGGGUUUCUGUUUGGACUAUAGCAACCACCAUGGCAACCGCAAGAAAUGGGCGUGACCAGGAGGACUCCGGAAUUUUCAGCAUCGGAAAACCGCAAUUCAAGUUGCCACAGUCGCUGCGCCUGGAGCACGACUUCUAUAGCUCCCGGCUCUUCCAGAAGAUGCAGAACGACCUGGAGAAGGUGAAUCGCAGUCUGGAGCUGUCCAAGGAGAACCCAAUGACCAGGGAUUUCAUUGAGAAAGCGACCAUGACGCAGGAAAUGAUGCAGAUGAAGCACGCGGAAUUUGUGGAGAAGAAACGCCGUCAGCAAUUGCGACGGGAUUGCGAGGAACUAAGGGUUUUGGCGGAGCAACUGCGUCUAGCAGCCAUUUCCAAGGAGCUAGCCGAGAGUCUGGAGGACCGGAAACGCCAGCGACAGCUGUCCGUGAAAGUGGAGGCCCAGGAAGUGGCCGAGGAGCGAUGCCUGCUGGAAGCCAAGGAGCGCGAAAGGGAAGCCGCUUUGAAGGAGGAACAGCGACGCCUGCGUGAAUCCUUGGCAGAACAAAUGGAGGAGAACCGGCGACGUCGCCAGCAGGAGCACGCCCAGGUGAUGAACGAUCGCGAGCUCAGCCAGCUGAGACAGAAGCAAAUCCAAGAGGAGGAUCGCGCCCAGCAGCUGGAAAUUGAGCGGAAGAAGCUGCAGAAGCGCCAGGACAUGCUGCAGUCCAUCAAGGAGAACCAGGCUCUCAGGGAGUGGCAGCGGGCCCAGAACAACCAGGAGCUGGGUGACCUAGCCCAAAAGCAAUCGGAAAUCGAGCGAAGGAAGCUGCAGUUGGAGGAGGAACGCCAGGAUGUGCAGCGCAAGAAGCAGGAGAUUAGCAUCCGCCUGGGUCAGCAGGUUCUGGAGAUAGAGAAUAAAAAACGCCAUCGGGACAAUCUGCUGCUGGAUCUGCUGGAGGCGGAAUACACGGCCAAGAGUGACGAGCGAUUCCGCCAGCAGCUGCAGCAGGAGCAGUUGUCACGUCGGCGCACCAGACAAGAGUUGGAUCGCUACCGCCAGGAGGUGGAGCACCGCAAGAUGGCCCAGAUGCAGCUCAAGCGGAUGGAGUUGGCCACGCAGCAGCAGGAGGCGCCGGAUGUGAGCAGUCAGGAGGCGGAGAAGCAGCUGGAGGACUACCGCAGGCGCAGGGCCCAUGGGGCCACCUUGCUGGCCAUGAUCGAGGAUAACCAGCGGAAACGCGCGGAGGCCACCGCCGAAAAUAUCCAGUACUUCGAUGCUAAGACGAAGACCGAUGCCGAACAGGAGGAGCGUGUCAAGCAGGAGCGGUUGGCCAUGUUGGGACAGGUUCCCGCCUCCGUUCUUCGGUAUCUGCCCAAACAUGUCCUGACCUCCAAGGAUCGCGAGCAUUUCUGCCGGGAGGAUGUGCAGGCGUUGGGCGGCGGAGAUUCCUAGCCUUCUUCUAGAUUGUAGUUUCACAAUGGACAUGUAAUAUUUAAUAGGCAAUUCAUUUGAAUUGGUCCUUGGCAUCUCAACAUAUAUAAUUCAAAUUUAAACCGCCA